CGGGGCGCGGGAAGAUGGCGGCCGCCACAGAACUGCGGCUCGACAAAGUUUCCGGAGAGUUGUCCGGCCGCUAGGGUCCGCCGCCGCCGCCGCCGCCGCCUGGCUGUGCGCCCGGGCCCCGGAGGCCCCCGCAGUCGCUGCAAACGACUCCCCGCAGGGGAGACCGCCGCCCCGACGCUUCGGCCAGGUCUUCAUCUGAGGCAAGAAAUGAUGCUCAAAGAAGUUCUAAAUGUCCUGGAUUUCUUGGAGGAAAUGCAAGUGGUUCAUUUUUGAAGUGUCGAAAAGAAACCUGACUCGCAGUUUACAUGUGUAGAUCACUGCGUUACUGUGUCAGCCACUGCCUCUAUGCAGCAAUGACAAAAUUGGAGGAUGCGAACAGAGAAGUGAACAUGCAUUCUUCAGUCCGCUACCUUGGCUAUUUAGCCAAAAUCAACCUGUUGGUAGCCAUAUGCUUGGGCCUUUACGUAAGAUGGGAAAAGACGGCGGAUGCCCUAAUUUUAGUCAUCUUUAUCUUGGGUCUUUUUGUUCUUGGAAUUGCCAGCAUACUGUAUUACUAUUUUUCCAUGGAGGCAGCGAGUUUAAGUCUCUCUAAUCUUUGGUUUGGAUUUUUGCUCGGCCUCCUGUGCUUCCUGGAUAAUUCCCCUUUCCAAAACGACACGAAAGAAACGGCCACCAAAUAUCUGCUCCUUACAUCCUUGGGGUUGAGGAUACUCUGUGCCUUGGUGGAACGAAGCUGCGGCUGCGUCCGUCACCGCCCCACCCUGCUGACCUCGGUGGAGUUUCUGGAGCUGGUUGGAUUUGCCAUUGCCAGCACGACCAUGCUGGUGGAAAAGUCUCUGAGCGUUAUCCUGCUGGUCGUCGCUUUGGCCCUGCUGAUCAUUGACCUGAGGAUGAAGUCAUUCCUAGCUAUUCCAAACCUGCUGAUUUUUGGAGCCCUGUUAUUUUCUCCCUCGUUGGAAGCUCCCCCUAACCCGAUAGCCUUUGCCUGUUUCUUUAGCUGCUUGAUCGCAGACCCGCUUCUUGACAUCUACUUCAGUGGCCUUUCUGUGACCGAGCGAUGGCAACCCUAUUUGUUCCGCGGGCGACUUUGCAGAAGACUCUCGGUCAUUUCAAUCGCAUUGGUUGAAUUUGCUUUUUUUAUUCUUUCCGCUUUUAAACUUGGCAACUCUUACCUCUGGUACUUUGUGAUUCCGGGAUUUUCCAUUUUUGGAAUUUUCUGGGUGAUUUGCCAUGUGAUUUUCCUUAUAACUCUCUGGGGGUUCCAUACCAAAUUAAACGACUGUCACAAAGUCUACGGCACUCACAGGGUAGAUAACAACAGCCUCGAUCGAGUCAUGGCCUCUAAAGGGAUGCGUCAUUUUUGUUUAAUUUCAGAACGACUUGUCUUUUUCAGCCUCCUUGCAACAGCAAUUUUGGGUGCAGUAUCUUGGCAGCCAAACAAUGGAAUUUUCCUGAGCAUGUUUCUCGUUGUUUUACCCCUGGAAUCCAUGGCUCACGGUCUUUUCCAUGAACUGGGAAACUGUUUAGGAGGAACAUGCGUGGGAUACGCUAUUGUGAUCCCCACCAACUUCUGCAGCCCAGAUGGUCAGCCAACGCUUCUCCCUCCUGAGCACGUGCAGGAGUUGAACUUGAGGUCUACAGGCAUGCUUAAUGCUGUCCAGCGAUUUUUUGCGUAUCACAUGAUUGAAACAUACGGGUGUGACUAUUCUACCAGCGGACUCUCGUUUGACACGCUACAUUCCAAGCUCAAAUCUUUUCUUGAACUGCGGACUCUGGAUGGUCCCAGACACGAUACCUACAUUUUAUAUUAUAGCGGUCAUUCCCAUGGCACAGGAGAGUGGGCCCUAGCAGGGGGAGACGUAUUAAGCCUGGACACCCUUUUAGAAUGGUGGAGAGAGAAGAAUGGGUCUUUCUGUUCCCGACUCCUCAUUGUGUUAGACUGCGAGAACUCUGCGCCUUGGGUUAAGGAAGUCAGAAAAGUCGAUGACCAGUAUGUUGCAGUGCAAGGAGCAACGAUGGCCAAAAUGGUGGACGUUGAAGAAGCCGACCCCGCUCAGCUGGGCGAUUUCACCAAAGAGUGGGUAGAGUACAACUGUAACCCAAACAACAUCAUCAGCUGGACCGAAAAGGGGCGUACCGUGAAGGCGGUGUAUGGCGUAUCCAAACGCUGGAGUGACUACACGCUUCAUUUGCCGACCGGAAGCGAUAUGGCCAAGCACUGGAUGCUUUACUUUCCCCAUAUUACCUAUCCAUUGGUGCACUUAGCAAACUGGUUUUGUGGUCUGAACCUUUUCUGGGUAUGCAGAGUUUGCUUUAGAUGUUUAAAAAGAUUUAAAAUGAGUUGGUUUCUUCCUACCGUGCUGGACACAGGACAAGGCUUCAAACUUGUUCGAUCAUAAUCGGGAGCCAGAGGUGGAACGUUAUCUGGGAGACGUUAUCUGGAUGUUCUUGCAGUCAACCACAACUAAAUGGCCAUUGUUACUUUUGGAUGAUAUUCUGCUACUUCCGUAGCCAUUGCCCUCACUCUGUUCAUCUUAAGCAAUCGCAGUAUAUGCAAGGGAUUGGACUCUAAAUCGAUUUCAAUUAAAAACUUUUUUUGUGUAGUGGACUUGCUGCCAAGUUUUGGGUAGGUUCCAAAGAUCGAUUAAAGGUCACCACGCCCUUGGAGAGCUUGAAAGCUCAUGGCUCAGAAAGCAGUCUCCUGUCCCUGCGUGGAACUCGCCAGCCUAAAACCCCUCAGGCCCCGUUGGUCUAGCUGCUGGAUUAGUGAAGGGCAGGGGUAGUUAGCUACCUCUGUAGGACCACUGUGGCCGUGAAAGGCCCUCCUCUGGGACUAGAGUCCCAGAUUGAGUCGAUUCUCUUGUCGCAAGAUGAUCGCAAAUCCACUCUGCCUCGGAUGAGAAUUGGGAAUGACUCUUCUUCCCAACACCAGUUUUAAGUCUCAAAGACUCUAAGUUAAACAGACCAGCCUGGCUCAAAUGUCCGCUGGAUCUGAUUUCCCCGAUUAAAAUCUGAACGUAUUCGAAAAGCUACCGAGGACCCAAAAUUAUCUAUUUGGUUAGCGAUCCCGACACAGUUCAAGCAGGCAGCUACCAAAGGCCACAAUCUCUUCCUGCCUUCACAGCGGGCAAUAUGUUGAUCGCAGGAACUGGGUAACCUUAAGGGGCUGUUAUCUCAGGGUUAUUUAAUGGUUUUCGUGCCAAAAAAAAAAAAACAAAAAAAAUGUUCCCAGAUGCAGAUUUUGUUCAUAGAUGGUGCUUUGGAAAGAUCACAUAUUUUCCAAGUGGGAAUUUGAGAAGAAUGUGAAUAGGGUUUUCCACCUUUUUGACACUCAGCAAUCCUCCCUUAAAAUUUCUCUUUUAAAUCCCACUGAAAAUGUAUUUGUAGCAUUGUCUUGCUAAAACAGAUAAGGGAGAGGUGAUUUUGCCCAAAAAAUGGAGUCCGUGUAAUACAGCUGUUCAGCGCAGCAAUUGUGGUGUUGCCAAAAGUAAGUUUUAGCUUUAGGCUAAACAUGUUUUUGAGGAAAUCUGUCACUGCCUAAUGAGAUCAGGUAGCUGUGGAGUCUCCAGUCACAUGCCUCGGGUCCCAUUUGCAUUCCUAAUCUUGAGAUACCAGGUAGGUUUUAGCUAGCACAGUAAGUAGUCAAAUUCUUGAGGUCCAGGUGAAUGUCUGAUUUUGGGGUCCGUUGCCACUGCUGCUUGUUUAAAUCAGGAAGUUCCUUCCCAUAAUGAAGGAUCGUUUCUCCAGCUUCCAAGAAAUUAAAUAGUGCCUCGACCUUGGACUCUUCCCUCCUCUUGAGGAUUUACUUAAGUAGUAUUUCAGAAAAGGAUACACACCCCUUUCCCUGAAUCAUUGUUCUGGACCCUUCAUGUUUUCAUGUCGGGGUAAGUAAGUAAGCAUAAUGCAGAUAGAUAGGCCUGUUUUCCUAGUGUCUAAGACAAUCUGAUCCAUUUCUUUAGGUUUUUAAUGAAAUUUGCUAUUAUGGUUUGAAACAGCUGAAAAGAGUCAUGGUGAAUGCAGGCCAAGUCCUUGAAGCGUCAAGGUGUACACAAUGGCCUGAAUUUUUCAGUUUUGUCAGGCCCCAAAAUAAAUGCCAUUUGCCUAAAAUACUCAGAUAAGGAAGGUCAAAUUGUAUUUUUUUCCAAGAUAUAAUUUGCCCAGCCUCUGACACUUGUAAUAUCCCUCUUUUAAGCUUUAAGAGUAGUAGUACUGUUUUUGAGUGUGGACAGCUCUUUUGUUGAAGAAAUAUUUUGCUGAUUUGAGGAAUGAUUUGAAAGCGCCUCGUAAUGAGACUAAAUAGUUUGUGGUAGUGAAUUUGACGCAAACUAGUGGCUCCCACAAGAGCCAAAUCAUCCGAUAAGCUAAACGUCCUUCCUCAAAUUCCCCUAAGAUCCUGUAUCAGGAAAAGUGGUUUAAAAAGAAAAUGUUGCUCUCCAACAGAAAGGCAAAUAUAAAACCCAUUUCUCCACAGCCUUAUAUUUCAAGCUAUUGCUCUUCUGGCCACAAAGAUGUUCCUGAAGACAAAAGACUCAACAGGAGUCACAUGUUUCGAGUCACUUAAAGUCAGAGAUACUUUUGAUUGUUUUUUGACAAGUUUUCUAAAUUCUGGUGGGUAGCGCUGCUUCUGGAGGCCCUGGAUCAAGAAAGGAAUGCUGAAUGAGUGUGACUUGAGCUCCAUGCCUAUUGGAGAGCAAAUGAAGGUGCCGGGUUUAGAUUCGCUCCUCCCAAAGAAAGUGAGAUCUCUCAUCAGAGACCUGGCUAGAAGCCGCAGCAGCGAGAGUGUUAUUGAGGUUGCACCUUGGAUUAGAGGAAGCCCGGUGGGAAACCGUAUGUUUGCCAAGUGAUCCAUCCGGGGAACUAGAGAGAAAAAAAGAUAGAGGUUUGAAAUGUACCGAGUCGUUGGUGAAGGUAACAUACUUCCGCACACUCUCUAGGAAGAGGUAUAACUGUAGAGUUAUUAUUUUUCAGAUCCUUCGGUACUGGUUUCAGGUACCUUAAAGAAAACCUUUCAUCUUAUCGUUACUAGCUGCUCCAUCCAGUGUAACUGUACAGCUCCCUGCAGCCCAUGUCAUUGAGGUGGGACCGGAGUGGUCUGCAAGCAGAGGCCGUAGGGGGAGCACAGGUGACACACACAAAGCCCCGAAUCAUCUAUCCUGUUUCAAUUCUUCAGUCAUCCUUUUGGAAAGUUGGUACUUGUCUUUUUUCAAGACAACCAUUCUUCCCAUGAUGGCUUGGAGUGCUGUUCCGUAGCUUUGUCACUUGCACUUCCUGCAUUUCUGUCUUUUACAACUACAAGUGUUGUGGUAAAGCCCUGUUUUCAGAAAGGCCACUUUACGACCAGCGUUUUCUUAGAAGGGUAUACUUUUAAAGAGACUGUUCACUAAAGACACAUUUGCAUUUCACUGGGCUUUUGUCCUACUAGAUUCUCCUCAUAUUGGAUCCUAUUUAUAAAGGAACAUUUCUGUAUAUAAUGUUUUUCUUAAAUAUAUUUGCUGUUUUCGAUACCGGCCUCUGCUUUUGGUUCUGUCAUAAUUAUAGCUUGGUCUUUUAGGUGGGAUCGGCCAUUACCUGCCGCCAUUUUAUUGUAAUUAACUGAAAUCCGGCGAAAAGGGGUUUUUUUGUUAUUACGUAAGAAUGAAUUGGGAAUACGCCUAGCCCUGAACACUCAACAAGGAUCUAAUAUUGCCUUACAUGUCUCUAAAUAUAUGUCAUCUAUGGCUGUAGCAUUUUCGUUCUCAGCAGAUAUGGAAGUCCAAAAAGGUGAAGUACUUUAAGCUCUUUAUGCGUUUUUAUAAAACAGAAUAACCAUUUCUUAGUCCACAGCAAGCAGAUUAUUUUUCAAAGGCAGAAUUGUGCAACUCUGGGUGAAAGAAGCUUGGCACAUUUCAUAUUUCUAAGAAAUGAAUUUGAGCAAUUUCUUAAAUUAGGCAAGGAAAAAUAUUGACUAGGGUGAAGACAACCUGCCAGCUAGAAGAAAAAUAGGUGCCCAAACACCCCUGCUCUAUAGUGCUAAUAUUACGCUUUUCAGUUGUGUGUUGCUUCCUACUAAGAAGUAUGUAGUCCAACCGAAGUCUUUAGCAACCACAAAUGACUCAGUAAAAGAAAAGACUGAGUACUGAAGAAAGAUUAGGGAAAUUGGUUAUAACAUUAACCACAAGUAAAUUGCAGAGAAAGCAAUGUGUGAUUCAUGGAAAAAAAAAAAUUACUGGCAAUCUAAAUUGAGAAAUUGCAGAUAAAUUCAAAUCCUGACUUGUUUCUUUGUUCACUUUUCAUAAAUUGCAAUAGAAGGAAAUUACAAGAAAGUUUAAGCUUUUCAACAUACUAUAUUUUCCAGCUGUAUUGCAUUAGUAGAAUUCUGACCAGAGGCAUGUCAGGUUGACCAUCUGAAAAUAAACACAUUGUCAUCACCAGGCAAUAAAAGCCAUUCUCAUUUGUUUCUGAA